UGUUAUAAAAGUAGUUCCAGGAAGGAAACUAUUAAAAGAUGUGGUGUAAACAGUAAGAAAUUGACACUGUUGUGGUCUUACGUGCGCGUAUUUGGUAUACCACGUCGUGUAUUUGUGAAAGGACACUGUAGUUUUGUGUUAGAUCAUAUUGUCUGGAGAACUAUUUCCUGUGACGUCAAUGACGCGUAUUGGUUCUGUGUAGUUAGCCAAUGUUUUUAUCUGUCAAGUGAUGAGAAGAAAGGUUAGACAGACUUCGAGAGGACAAAUGUCGUUAAAUUUGGUGUUGUGAAUUGAAGUUCAGUCACAAUGGGAAACUGUCUAAAAACACCGAAUAACGAUGACAUUUCUUUGUUGAGAGGAAGUGACAGUCAAGAUGGCUCAGAGCAGUUGGGUCCCCCUCCACCCUAUCAGGAGAGUAUACCAGUAUAUCAUCCCUCUCCCAAUGUUAGCCGACCAGCGAACCUACUUACAGAAGAAGAGCAGAUUAAAAUUGCCCAACGUUUAGGCCUGAUACAGCAUUUACCCACUGGGGUGUACGAUGGAAGUAAAAAGAGCAGAGAGUGCGUGAUAUGCAUGGGUGAGUUCAUCAUCGGGGACUAUUUGCGCUACCUGCCCUGUAUGCAUACAUAUCACAGAGAGUGUAUUGAUGACUGGUUAAUGCGAUCCUUCACCUGUCCAUCAUGUAUGGAGCCUGUGGAUGCUGCCUUACUGUCCACCUAUGAAGCCAACUGACCACAUCACUUCAUGUCGUAGCCAAAUUACACCCACCUGCCACAUGCCAUGUGAAGUACUCCUUACACUGUACCUCAGCCUGAGGAUGGAGGCGGCAUGGUGGGGAGGAUACGACAGCUGCAUGGACAGCACACUAUACAUGUGACAUAGCUCCAGGAAAAAGGGAUCUGCUACAAUUAAAUACAAAUGUGAAUAAGCCAUAAGGUUUGUGAUAUCAACUGUGCUUCAGAGACUGUGCUUUUAUGGCUGAACUAUACAGAACAUUGUGUAUCAGAUCUACUUUCAAUUAUGUUAUCAUUUGGUGGGGAUGGUUGAUUGGAUCACCUGUCUUGUUAAGGACAUAUUUCACACCUGCGCACUUUUCCUUUACUCAGUCACACCUGUUAAAAUGUCCCUCUUCUCGCGUACACAUCAUGUCGGCUGACAGGAGUUUUAGUCAGGAUGUCUCCUUUGUCAGCUUUAACCUUACACUGCAGUACUUACAUGUAGGUGCCUUCACUGUAGCAUCACUCUUUUGAUACAAUGUGUGUUGUUUAUUGAUACAUGUGAGUGUUUGCAUACAGAACUACAUGUGCAUGUAAGUGUUACACUUGACGUUGGGUCAAAACUUUGUAAUAUUUCAGAAUUAGUUCAUAGAUGUUUAUAUACAUGCAUUUUACCUGUAUCUUAAUUAAGAUAUAGAUAUAAUUAAUUAGAUAUAAUUAAGAUAUAAUUCUAGACAGGUUUCUAACAGAGUUACAUUUAUAAUCCUGUGUAGUGCUUAUUCACUAGUGCUUCAGCAAUGACAGGCUGCAUGUCUCUUGAGUUGAAUUGCAUUUCACCAGCGACAGUUGAGUAAGGAUACAAAAAUGCAAGUUUUACAUCAUUUCACUGUCCUCCACAAAUAUCUCAUUUGACUUGCUUCUUGGACUUCACAUACAUAAUUAGAAUAUUUGAUACUAAGACCUAAUUGUUCACAUCCAUGUGACAAAUUGAAUCUAUGUCCAGGAAUGAAUGUGACUUUUCCCAAGGUAGGUUUAUCAUUGCAGUUGUUCUCACCUUUCUAAAGCCACACAUGCAUUUACUUGUAGAGCAGUCUAAAAGUGUCUCUAAUUGGUAGGAUUGGGUGUGACCAAAAGGUUAUUAAUGUAAAACCUUCUGCUGUCAAUACACUCAAGGAUAAUGGCCAUGCGACAGUCAGGAGACAAGUAGUAUGUGCAAAUCUGUGUGAAUACACCCUUGAUGAACUGAAUGAGUAGGAUUACAUUCUACACAAAUGUUAUUGAAGCUCAUUCAUAAUUCUUUUGACCUGGAAAACAAGGCAAUUUCAUUGGCUCAAGGCUUUUUUCAGUCCUAGAAAGUGGAGGAAUUUGGUUCAUGACUUUCUUUUAGACUGGAAAGCCAUGAUUUGAUAUUCAUCCCCAAGAUGGUGUCUUCAGGUGGUUUUAUGAUAUGUGUUUUCAUGUUGAACUUAGAAAAGCAUUUUAAAUUGUACCAAAUCACCUGUGUUUGUUUGUACUUGUGAAAACAGACAAGUACCCCCCCCUCUUUAUUAAUAGAAUAGUGUGUUCCCUAACACAUGUAAAUCUACAUACAUGUGUUAUUCUCAAUGCUCAUGUAUUUGUGUUAACUAUAAAUAUGUCAGUUUAGAUAACAUUAUGAAAUAUGUGAUGUCACAACAUGCCAAAACUUUGCAUUUAUUGAAAACCAAAUCAGGACUCCUAUAUAUGGAAAAGUCUAUGUGAAAUGUAAUGGAAGUUCAGAAGUAUUUAUAGCUAAAAUAGUUGAUACAAUUUUGUGCCAUAUGAUUCUGGCUGGCAUUUGUGGUAUUUGGAUGACUGCAAAGCUUCACACACCUACCCUCCUCUAAAGUAAAGGUGAAAAUGUAAUGUCUACCUGUAAAUUAACUAAACACAAACAUUAACUCUAUGCUUCUGGUAUUAUAAUUGCAAGUAUCGGUAAUUAUCAAUAUGGAUGUUCCAGAAUUAAUAGAAGCAUGUGUUCAGGGCACCAUUCUGUUAUGGGUGAAGAUAACAGUGUAGGUACAACUAGGCUCAUGACUUGUUUUGGAGAAUUGUGAAAUGAUACAUGUAUUAGCUUAGCAAUUCAAAUAGAUUUGUUGAAAGAUUAGGGGAUUGUUCAAAAGGAGGAAGGAAAAAACAUGCAGUGAUAAAUGGGCGAAUGUUGAAAUUCCCAGCCAUUUUUAUCAACAAUCCAAAUACUAAUGUGCUUUCUGAAAUUCAUAAUGCUCUAGUACUAAGCAGUAUCUACAUGUAAGUUAUGGUGUAUUUAUAAACAUAGGUUUAAUAUAAGCUAUUUAAACAGAAUUGUCCAUAUUUGAUAUAAAGAGUAGAAGUUUACCCUGGUGAAAAGUACUCUGUGCUUAAUUUAAUACAUGUAGCUUUUGUUAUUAUUCCUGUGUUCAGAGUACUGAUAUUGAAUGCAGAAAAUGUACCAUUUUCUGUUUCCAUGUACAUUAUAUUUAUUCAACAUUGUAUGUAAAAAAAAAAAAUGUAUUCAAGGAAGUAUGUGAUAUAAAUGAGCCCAGGUAAUUGAGCAGGAAGCUGAGUUUUUACACAUCUGUUUCCUGGUUCAUAAAUGGAUAUUUACAGUUCCUGCAGGCUAAAUCACUUCUGUAUAGUAAAAUCUGAUAGACUGUAUUUUCCCUAAAGUUUAGAAUGUAAAAAUGCACUUCCAGAAGCGCAUGAAGACAUAAAAAUGAUACAAAACUUUAAGUUUUUGUGAUGAGCAAAUUAAUCAGCCUUCACACAAAAAAAAAUAAUAAGUGGCCCUAGAUUUGUCACUUGAGAACAGCUAAACUUUAGGUGAAAGACAAUAUCUACAGACCGUGCUAUCCUAGCUCCAGGCUUGUCAUAUUACACAUGUGGUAUUGGGGAUUCUGCAUUGUAUAUAGUGUAUAUAAAUGUAAAUGAAUGUGUCAUGUGAUGUGAAAUGCUUUAAACUCACAGAUCCUUAGUUUACAGGAGUGUAGCAAGACCAUGAGCUUGGAUGUGAUAAAGUGUACAAAUUAUCUCCCCUGAUUUAUGUUUAUUCGAUUUACAUUCAAGCUUUUAUGCCAUUUACUACUCUUUUUUUUGUUGUUACCAGUGCUCUCACCGUGGUGUAGUUGAAUAAACACACUCACAGCCAAAUUGAAGUUGUAUUGGUUAAAAAGUCAUUCUUAGUUUGCUAAUUAUUUAAGGUUAAAUUUUGGUUGUAUUCUCAGCUAUACGUACAUGUACCUAAAAAAUUCAUUGUUGGGUGUAACAUUCCUGAUCAAGCCAGUAAAACUAGACUAGGUUGGCGGGAACAUUUUUUUUGGUAUUACGGUGAAAAAUAUUCAGACUUAAAAAAGAUUAACAUUGCGAUAUGAUUAAAAAAGGAUAAUAGAAAAAAUCCAGUAGAAACUUGGAACCUUGUUUAGACGGUUUCGGACCGAGAAGCAUAUAUAUAUUUUUUUUAAUGAUGGCCCAAGUUGAUCUGUAACUCUGGGUUGUCCAAUAGAAUCAGGCCAGAUUUUUGAAUCAUAGUCCUAUAACUGAUGUAAAAACCCCUAACAUACAUGCAUUGACAUUUGUGAAACCUGUAUGUCUCCUGUCCUAUAUGUCAGGUGCGUCUUCAUCUGAGGUGUGUAUCUACCUGUGCGUGUUUUGUGUGACAUCUGUGAACAGUUUCUGGAGUGUGUACAGGAUGACCUGGUCACAUGGUACAAGCACUGUGUGGUCACCUGGCUGGUUCACGCCAUCCCCUGUCUGUCAGCCCAUGGCCAUGCACCAGGAAGUUCUCUCUUAACCACAUUAUGUGUGUCAGUCAUGAGAUUAUAGCCCGGGAAAAGCUGCUUUGUUCAUUUGCUGCAACAGGUUAAAAUAGACAUAGCAGUUGCCAUGGUGACCUAAUCUGUUUUGUCUCAUUGGGUUUGUUUUAGGGUCUGUUAACUGAACUAGAUCUCUUACAUGUAUCUCAACUGCAUGACUUUAAAGCAUGAUAAGGCAGUUUUCGUGUUUUGUCAUGGACACAAUACAUCGGCGAUUGUAGGCUUCCUGAUCAUGUGUCAUUUUCAAGGUAGAUGUGUAAUAAGUGUGGAGAAUGUCUUUAGAUGAUGAUUAUGGCACAUUUUAAGUAAGUUACCCAUGCAUGCAAAGUCAGCCGUGCUUUGUACAGGUGUAAUAUGUUAACCCUACUCUUUAAUAUUAAUAUAUGGAUCAUAACAUGUUUUAGGCAUUGUUGUUGAACACCACACAGUCAGGUAGACUUCAGUUUUCAUCUUGUUCCCCAUUUUCCUGUUGACGAGUGCCACACAAUUUGUCCAAGUAACAGCCAGUUACAGCGGACUCAAGUAGCCCUAAAGUGUUUCAGAAUGCUUUCACUUC